AUCAAAGAUCGUCGCCCUGGCCAACACAGCGGCAGCAGUGGUUCACUGGCCAGCCUGAACAACAACAACCACAAUAGGGCGUCGCCGGGAAACAUCUACUUCAGCGACAAUCCCUUUGGAGAGGGGAAGCUGAAGAGUAGUGGUGGUAGUGGUGGUAAUUCACCCUCAUCACCCUCCGCCUCUUCAAAAGAUCCCUUUGCCUCGGUGGAGGGCAGCGGAAGUGGCAGCAGCAGUAGCAACAAUGGAGGAAGUAGCAAUAGUCCCAGCGAGGACGACGAGGACGAUGAGCCCGAUGAUAUUGAGGGCUCCGGAGAUGGAAAGGGAGGCGAAGGUCUUAUCGGAGGUUCGAGUAAUACCUCGACGACGACCACUACCACUUCUGAACCAUCUUCUACGUCGACGACCACGACUACGACGACAACAACGACCACAACGACAACUACAACGACAACUCCAUCAACGACCACCACUUCAACUACGACGACCACCACAACUCCUGCUCCAAUUAGCAGCAGCAGCAGUCGAAGACCUGCUCUUCCACCAAGCGAUGAUGAGGACGAUGAUGAUUUCACUGAAGGCUCCGGUGAUAAACCUCGAAAGGAGUCGGCAGAUGACGUGGAAGGCUCGGGUGAUA